AUGGAUCCCAAAACAACUUAGAUUACUAUAGAUAAAAAAGUUUUGCAAAAGACAAAGGCAUUAUUUAGUUUUGUCAAGUCUAAAAUACCAUUAAUUAAAGGUAGUGCUGAAAACACACCAUCUAAUUAGUCAUCUACAAAGAAUUAAAGUGAUUUCAAAUAAAGUCAGCAAUAAUAAAUUAUUCAUGAAGAAGAUUUUUAGCUUAAAAUUGAUAAUGUGUGUAAUGCAGAUUUACUUGAAAGCAUAGAAAAGCUUAUAAAUAGCAAUACAGAAUAAAGAGAAUUAGUAAUAUCCGAUUAACUUUUUUCAGAGAUUUCAUUUAUGAUGUUAAGAGUUGCAGAUUUUGUUUAGUUUACACUAAACGAAAGAGAAGAAGUAGCAUAAUUCAAACAAGAUUACUAAUCACUUAAAAAAGAAAAUGAAUAAUUGAAAAGCGUCAUUGAUGGAUUUAAUGAUUCUAUGAUAUAAUAUGAGAAUUCACAUAAAAAGGAAUUUAUUGAAAUGCAAGUUCAAUAUUAAAACGAAAUAGAAGCACUAAAUAAAUAAAUAGAAAUACUGAUUUAAGAGAAAAACUUAUAAAAGAAAUUAUAAGAUGAGCAAAUUGUAGCUCUAAUAAAUGUAAAAGAACACGUUAAUUAACUAACAUUAUAAAACAACUCCUUAUAGAACACUUUAAACACUUUGAAUAUUGAGAUGGUUAAACUUAAAGCAAUUCAUUAAGGAGAAGUUUCUGACACAAUGCAUGAAAAAAGUUUUAAGAGCAUAAUGACUAGUAAAAAUACAAAGCACAGAAUCUUGUCUUUUCUAACAUUUAAGCAAAUUCUUAAACUAAGAUUACUAAAUAGAGAGUAUAACUUGAUUAUUACGAGAGAUUUCUAACUCUAGCGCCUCCUAAUUAACAAUAUUGCUUUCAAUUUUACACAAAAAACUAGAGAAUUAUAUAAUAGAGCUAAUUUCUUUUAGAGCCUAGCUGAAAACAUACCAGAUGAAGUUCUUAAAGUUUCGAUACUCAAGUAUCUAUGCUAGCGCCAUAAAGUUGGUGAUUUAAUGGUACCUUCACUUAACUCUGCUUAAUUAAUUAUUGAAGGAUUGCUAUUCCAAUCUGAAAGUGAAUCAAAUGGAUCUACUUCAAAUUUAUCUACUAGAGGUUCUAUUCCAUAGUCACCUUAAAGUAGUUUUAUAAAUAGUACAAAUAAUGAUGCAUAAUAAUUAAAUUCUGGAAAUGUCGAUUUAUUAAGUGAAUUCUUAACUGGAGAGGAAAAUGUGAAUAUAAAUGAAAAUCAAUAAUAGCAGCUGCAGCAAGAAUAAAACAAAUAAUCUAUUGCUAAUAACAAAGUUAAUGGAAGUUCUUAGCCCUAAGAAAAUACUCCUUAAGCAAAGCAAAGCAAAACACAAAAGACAAUCAGUUUUAUGAAGAAACUAUUUGAUAAAAAGGAAACUCCGACUAAUGCUGAUAAUUCAUAAAAAGCUCAAACAAUAACAAACGUAAGUAGAAACACUUUAGAAAAAACUUUCUUAAGCAAUGAAAAUGUCACAGAGGAAAUAGCUAAUAAAUUAAUUCAGGAUAUGAAUAUAAAGCUAUUAAUUGAUAACAGAGUGUUGUAGCUGUUUAGAGAAGAAAAAGAUAUUGUAUUAAAGUAAUUAAAAAUUGAAUAGGAUGAAGUCAUUUAAAAAAUUUAAGCACUCACUGUAAAAUACUCUUAAGAUCCUAAAAAAAUCAGUUAUUUUCUUGAAACAUUAGAAAGCAGUUUUUGUAAUAUUUAUGUUUUUAGCAAGUUCUUGUACCAAGAAAGUAAGGCCCUCUACAACUUGUAAUCUUACCUUUCAUAUGAACUAAUUUAAAAUAAGAUGAAAUUGCAAGAUGUUUAAAACAAACUUGAAGAUACCACCACUUCAAAAUAAGCACUCGAGUAAAUGAAAGAUUACCUGAGCUAAAAGCUUAAGGAGACUGAGAAAAAAAACCUUUAAAGCGAUACUAUAUUCUUAAAAAAUAAUAAACUCAUUCAAGAGCUUAAAGACGAUAAUAACAAUUUAUAAUAGAAAAUUCAAUCCAUCGAGAAAAGUAAAAUUAAAUCUGAUAAUAAUCUAAAGAUACUUGCUAAAGAAGUCAGAAAUUUAAUGAGAAAAAAUACUGAAUUAACUGCUAAAUAUGAAAAAUUACUAAAAAAUAUGAAUUAUUUAAAAGAAGCUCUCUCAAACUUUAAAAUAUUAGAAGAAUGA